CCGUCCCGUCUCCCCCCUCCCUUUCUCCAUAGAAAACCAAAGAGAGGGUGAAACUUGUAGCUGCUGAAGUUGCGGAGCCGAAACCACGAGCCGAAGCUUGAGGACGUACAGGGUUUUCAAACUUUUGACUAAACCACUGAAUUCCUCGGACUCCAUUCCACCAUUUUGAAACGCUAAUUUACACCCAACUUCCCAAGUGGAUACUCUUGUUUUGAAAGUCCGCAAACAUGAGUACUAUUAACACGCCCAACAUCACCUUCAAAUGGGACCCCAAGAGUCUGGAAAUCCGGACUCUGGCUGUGGAACGCCUGCUGGAGCCAUUGGUCACCCAGGUUACGACCUUGGUAAACUCCAGCAACAAGGGACCAUCUAACAAGAAGAAGGGCCGUUCGAAGAAGGCCCACGUGCUGGCCGCCUCUGUGGAGACUGCCACACUGAAUUUCCUGGAGAAAGGAGACAAGAUCGCCAAGGAGAGCCAGUUUCUGAAAGACGAACUCACCGCCGCUGUGGAGGAUGUCCGCAAGCAAGGAGAGUCCAUGAAGCAGGCCUCAGGAGAGUUUGCCGAGGACCCGUGCUCAUCGAUGAAGCGGGGGAACAUGGUGCGUGCGGCUCGUGCCCUCCUCUCGGCCGUCACCCACCUGCUGGUGCUGGCAGACAUGGCCGACGUCUACCGCCUCCUGAUGCAGCUGAAGCUGGUUGAGGAGAAUCUGGCUAAGGUGCGUAACGCUGGGACUGAGCAGGACCUGGGCAUCCAGUACAAGGCCCUGAAGCCAGAGGUGGACAAACUCAAUCUGAUGGCAUCCAAGAGGCAGCAGGAGCUGAAGGACGUGCACCACAAGGACCAGAUGGCGGCGGCGCGCGGCGUGCUGCAGAGGAACGUGCCCAUGCUCUACACGGCCUCUAUCGCCUGCCUGCAGCACCCGGACGUGGCUGCCUACAAGGCCAACCGCGACCUCAUCUACAAGCAGCUGCAGCACGCCGUCACCGGCAUCUCCAACGCCGCGCAGGCCACCGCCAGCGAGGACUCCGCGCUCGGCCACACCGCCGGCGGCGGAGAGCUCGCGUACGCGCUCAACAACUUUGACAAGCAGAUCAUCGUGGACCCGCUGAGCUUCAGCGAGGAGCGCUUCCGGCCCUCUCUGGAGGAGCGUCUGGAAAGCAUCAUCAGCGGCGCCGCCCUCAUGGCCGACUCUUCCUGUACGCGCGACGACCGCCGCGAACGCAUCGUGGCCGAGUGCAACUCCGUGCGCCAGGCUCUGCAGGACUUGCUCUCCGAGUACAUGGGCAACGCUGGGCGGAAGGACAAGAGUGAUGCCCUGAACACGGCCAUCGACAGGAUGACAAAGAAGACCCGUGACCUGCGCAGACAGCUGAGAAAGGCGGUCAUGGACCACGUGUCCGACUCCUUCCUGGAGACCAACGUGCCACUCCUGGUCCUCAUCGAGGCGGCCAAGAACGGCAACGAGAAGGAAGUGAAGGAGUACGCCCAAGUGUUCCGUGAGCACGCCAACAAGCUCAUUGAGGUGGCCAAUCUGGCAUGUUCCAUCUCCAAUAAUGAGGAGGGAGUGAAGCUGGUCCGCAUGGCAGCAUCUCAGCUGGAGACCCUCUGCCCCCAGGUGAUUAAUGCAGCACUGGCCCUGGCUGCCAAGCCCAACAGCAAGGUGGCCCAGGAUAACAUGGAGCUCUUUAAAGAGCAGUGGGAGAAGCAAGUGCGCGUGCUCACCGACGCCGUGGACGACAUCACCUCCAUCGACGACUUCCUCAGUGUGUCAGAGAACCACAUCUUGGAGGACGUGAACAAGUGCGUGAUCGCGCUGCAGGAGAAGGAUGUGGACGGGCUGGACCGCACCGCCGGCGCCAUCCGUGGCCGCGCUGCCCGCGUCGUGCACGUGGUCACCUCGGAAAUGGACAACUACGAGCCGGGCGUGUACACCGAGAAGGUUCUGGAAGCCACCAAGCUGCUGACAGACACUGUGAUGCCCCGUUUCACCGAGCAAGUGGAGGCCGCUGUGGAAGCCCUGAGCGCCAACCCGACCCUGCCGGUGGACGAGAACGAGUUCAUCGACGCCUCUCGCUUGGUCUAUGACGGUGUGCGUGAUAUCAGGAAGGCUGUCCUCAUGAUCAGGACCCCUGAGGAGCUGGACGAUUCAGACUUUGAGACGGAGGACUUUGAUACGCACAGCAGGACCAGCAGGCAGACGGACGACGACCAGCUCAUUGCCGGCCAGAGCGCCAGGGCCAUCAUGGCACAGCUGCCUCAGGAGCAGAAAGCCAAGAUCGCCGAGCAGGUGGCCAGCUUCCAGGAGGAGAAGAGCAAGCUGGAUGCUGAGGUGUCCAAGUGGGACGACAGCGGCAACGACAUCAUCGUGCUGGCCAAGCAAAUGUGCAUGAUCAUGAUGGAGAUGACCGACUUCACCAGGGGAAAGGGGCCGCUGAAGAACACCUCAGAUGUGAUCAGCGCCGCAAAGAAGAUCGCCGAGGCCGGCUCCAGAAUGGACAAGUUGGGCCGUACUAUUGCCGACCAAUGUCCAGACUCUACUUGCAAGCAGGACCUGCUGGCCUACCUGCAGCGCAUUGCCCUCUACUGCCACCAGCUUAACAUCUGCAGCAAGGUCAAGGCUGAGGUGCAGAACCUGGGAGGAGAGCUCGUGGUCUCUGGGCUGGAUAGUGCCAUGUCCCUGAUCCAGGCGGCCAAGAAUCUGAUGAACAGCGUGGUGUCUACGGUGAAGGCGUCCUACGUGGCCUCCACCAAGUACCAGAGGCAGCAGGGCAUGCAGAACCUCAACAUGCCCGCCGUCUCCUGGAAGAUGAAAGCCCCCGAGAAGAAGCCACUGGUCAAGCGCGAGAAGGAGGACAACCAGACCAACAAGGUGCGCCGCUCCUCGCACAAGAAGCACAUCAACCCCGUGCAGGCCCUCAGCGAGUUCAAAGCCAUGGAUAGCAUCUAAGGGGGAGGUACAAAAGGGGAGCCUGUUGGCUGUGUGGGGGGUUAGAAUGACGCCUGUAUUCACCACUCUAAUGUAUGUUGCUCUCAGCGUAGAUGUUGGGAUUUGUUUUGUUUUGAUUUUUUCUUUUUUUUAAUAUAUAUAUAGGGGAUGCAUAUAUGCUUUUGAAAGCAUUCAUUUAGCUUAGAAAGUUGCUGAGUUAUUCCCCUAAAAAUGUGUAUAUUUAUUCACUCUGAAAUCCUUCUGCUAUACUCAAUCUGUAAAUGAAACUCUCCUCAAUGAAAGCAAUAAGGAAAUGGCAACUGGACUAAGGGCAUUUUAUGGUAUUAAAAGAGGGGAAAGGAGGGUCUUUAUGGACCUUCAGAUCAAGAUUCUUCUUUCAUGCAUCUCUAAGUGUUUUAUAAUCUAGUGUGUGUGUGUGUGUUUAAGAAUUAUAUUUGAGGUGCUCUUUUUAUAUUGCCUUUAGAAACUUUAUUUGAUAUGGCACCAUCUAGUCUCUGAUCUAAUUUGUGGUAUUAAAUGUCAUGCCUAUGCAAGCUCUAAGCUGCCUUAUGCGCUCUCAAGCAAUAAUAAGUGUAGUUAUGUUGUAGAGUGUGUGAGGCCUUUUAGGGAACAGUUAUUUCUUUUACUUUUUUUAGCGCUCAGACCAAAGUGCUUUUUUCCAUAAUGUUCUCUGAAAUCUAAUUAACUUUUGAUAUAUUCAUACUUGGGUGUGUUUGUUUGAGAGCUAACAUCUAUUUUAUAACAUGCCAAAAAAUAAAAGUAAAAUAACCACAGGGCUCUGGAUUUGUUAACUUUCUAGUCUGACUAAUUUGUUUAAUCUAAUCUGACUUCAUUUGUCAAUUUAUCUGUAUUCAUUGAUUGCAGUUUAGCUGGUGCACAAUAUAGGUUAUAGCGAACACACAUUGAUUGCAGUUUAGCUGGUGCACAAUAUAGGUUAUAGCAAACACACAUUCCUCAGUGCUGGAAAAGAGAGAACACACCAUUUAUCCAGGUUUUCCAUUGUGUUUUAAGGAGUGAAUAAGUGAUCCCCUGUAUGGCUGCAGGAUACCCCCCGUUCCUAUACAUAGACUUGGAUACAUCCCCCUAAACUCGAUUCUAAUGCUUACUUGUGGCCUCCAUCAGCCACUUUGACUGCAUUAAUUAGUGUUCUUAUCUUGACAAGGGCAUCAUGGGAAGUGUAGUCCUGGAAUCCUGUCCUUCAAUGGCCAAGACUAGCCCAAUAGACCUGUAGUCAGGACUUCUGCUGUCUUCUACCCAACCCACUUUUGUUCUAUUCCCUAAGCAGUCAAGCACCAUUGAACGCAAAUGAGAGCAGCCACCCUACACAUCCUAAACGAUCUGCCAAACCAUGAGAUCAAUAUUCCCUCGUGUCAGUCCCACGGGACAGCUGCAGUGGCAGCGCUCGUACUGUAACAGGCAGAUCUAAAACACAUUCCCCCUCUCUGCCGAACGGUUUGAUUCCUCUCGUUUCUUUUUUUAUGUCAUUCAGACGUCUCUUUCUUUAAAGAAAUAUAACUUUUUAUGUACUUUCAUUACUUUCAUUGUUCUUUUUGCAAGAUUGUUCCUGUAGGAAUCCCUGCUUGAUUGAGCUGUUCACAGAAGUGUGGAUCUUUUUUUUUUUUGUAAUGCAAAGUCAAGGAGUUUAGUGUAGCUGGGCCCAUGAGGGAGAGACUUUUUUUCUUUACCCUCUCAACUCCAAUGCAGUGGGUGUUGUGCAGUCACUGAGUUGUUCCAACAUUCGGACAAGCCAUGCGUGCGUCAUGUGUAUGCACGGAUGUGCACGCACCGGAGGUCUUUGAAGCAACGCUACUCAGAAGCCCAGGUUGCAGCCUUGUUUUGAAUGUCUAUAAACAAUUAAGAGGGCAGGUCAAUGGAGAACCCAUGACAGAUGGUCUGAAGGCUGUUUUUUUUUUUUUUUUACUUUGUUGUUUUCCUUGUGUUUUUGCCUUCUAUUUGGAUUUGUGUUUUUUUUUUUUUGUCUCAUUAUUCAAUCAUGUCCUGUGUCCUAUUGGCUCCUCAUACCCUGUUCUGAAAGUCACUAAGUUCAUUUCUCAUUUAUUUUUUAUUGUUUUUUUUUUUUUUUUGUUUGUUUGUUUUCACUGACUGCUGUGGUGAUCUCUACAUAAAGAGGAGUACUUGUUGUAAGUUAAGAGCUUUCUGUAAUAGUUUCAUUGGGAUUUGACUAAAUACUGCACACUUUUUACAAUUACAUGUAUUUUCUUUAUGUAAAAAAAAGAAAUAAAAAACACUAAAAUGGAA